AUGCGCAUCAUCAAGCACAGCUCGCAGGUUUUCCCCAGCAUCGCAACUGGUUCUCUGGUCGGUCUGGACAUCGAGGGUCAACUGCAGGUCACCAACUCCUUCAACAUGCCUCAAGUCGACGGCGGCGCUACUGUAGGCGAUGCCAACGAUGCACAACUCGCUGCCCAGAUUGCCGCUCCCCGCGCAAAGGCCAACAUCGCAUACCAGGCCGAGAUGAUCCGCAUGCUGCGCGAAGUCAACGUUGACGCUCAGAGCGUUGGUUGGUACAUGAGCGCCAGCAUGGGCAACUUUGUCAGCCUUGCCGCCAUCGAGAACCAGUUCUACUACCAGAAGGAGCCCAACGAGCGCACCGUCACCCUUGUUCACGACGUCAGCCGCAGCUCCCAGGGCAGUCUCAACCUCCGCGCCUACCGCCUUUCUCCCCAGUUCAUCGCCGCCUACAAGGAGGGCAAGUUCACCACUGAGAGCGGUCUCCGCUACCAGGACAUCUUCACCGAGCUGCCCGUUGUCGUCUACAACUCGCACCUUCUCACCUCUUUCCUCCACCAGCUCCCUACUCCUCCUCCCAGCAAGGCCUUGAACUUCCCUCCCAGCCUCGCCACUCUUGAGCAAGACCCCUCGCUCACCACCCUCCCCCUGGCACCUAACUUCGACUCGCUUGACCUUUCAAUCGACCCCUUCCUCGAGAAGACUUGCGACCUCCUCCUCGACAGUAUAGAGACCCACCACACCGAGCUCAACAACUACCAAUUCUACCAGCGUUCGCUCGCUCGUGAACAAGCCAAGAUCACCCAAUGGCAAACAAAGCGCAAGGCCGAGAACGCCAGCCGUGCCGCCACAAAGCAGCCUCUUCUGCCCGAGGAUGAGUGGCAGAAGCUUUUCAAGCUCCCUCAGGAGCCCUCAAGACUCGAGACCCUCGUCAACAGCCGUCAAGUCGAACAAUACGCCCGCCAGGUCGAUGCCUUCACCGCCUCCAUCUCCGCAAAGAUGUUCGCCGUCAAGUCGAACCUCGUCCCCAGCGACGAGUAG